AGAGGAUCCAAAUUCAUUACAAAUGCAUUUUAGCCUUUUAGGAGGUAAAGUAUCCAUAUGCGACCUAAUUUCAUUUUCAACAGUUGGGCUCAAGCGCAAAUCAAAUUCUUUCAAGAAAAGAUUUCCAUCUGCUCCCAUUAGGCUUUAACCUUCUCUUCUAUGCCAGAAGGCCAGAAUCCCCCAUUCUUCCAUUUCCAGGUAGGUAGGUUUUCUCUGUACUCCAUGUUCAGUUUUCCAGGUAUUUUCUAUUCAACAAGGUGAGGUGUGUAGUUGAUAGGGCCAUGUUAUCCGGAGAUUCCGGGACUGUGAUGUUGGUCUAUGGUGAUACAUCAGAUCAGAGAUCUUUCUCCCCAGAUGACACAAGCAGCACUGAGGAAUCACCAGAGCAAACAAACUUGUCCUUAGUGACAAUGAAUGAUUCAAUUCCAUACAAGGGGCAGAGAUUCCCAACCCAUGACGCUGCUUAUGAAUUCUACACCGCGUUCGCGAAACAGUGCGGCUUCUCAAUCCGAAGGCACAGAACGGAAGGCAAAGAUGGGGUUGGCAAAGGACUCACGCGGCGCUACUUCGUCUGCCACCGCGCAGGAAAAACUCCCGCCAAAUCUUCGGCUGAAAAUAAACCUCAAAGAAACAGAAAAUCCUCCAGGUGUGGAUGCCAAGCUUACCUGCGUAUAAGUAAGAACUCUGACCUUGGGGUUCCUGAAUGGGUGGUCACCGGUUUUGCAAACCACCAUAACCAUGAACUCUUGGAACCGAACCAAGUACGUUUCCUUCCCGCGUAUAGGACCAUUUCCGAUUCAGACAAGAGCCGGAUCCUGAUGUUUGCAAAAACAGGAAUCUCUGUUCAACAAAUGAUGAGGCUCUUGGAGCUCGAGAAAUGUGUGGAACCCGGAUAUCUUCCCUUCACUGAGAAGGACGUUAGGAACUUGCUUCAGUCAUAUAGAAAGGUGGACCCCGAGGAUGAAGGCAUUGAUCUACUGAGGAUGUGUAGAAACAUUAAGGAGAGAGAUUCUAACUUCAAGUAUGAUUUCACACUCGAUUCAAACAAUAGAUUGGAGAACAUUGCUUGGUCAUAUGCUUCGUCCAUCCAGUCAUAUGAGGUUUUUGGUGAUGCCGUGGUUUUUGAUACAACCCAUUGCUUGACUGCUUUUGAUAUGCCUUUGGGAAUAUGGGUUGGAGUGAACAAUUAUGGGAUGCCUUGUUUCUUUGGCUGUGUACUUCUGCGAGAGGAAAACGUGAGAUCAUUUUCAUGGGCAUUGAAGGCAUUCUUGGGGUUCAUGGACGGGAAAGCCCCUCAAACUGUGCUAACUGACCAAAACAUGUGUCUCAAGGAGGCAAUAGCAAUGGAGAUGCCAACGGCUAAGCAUGCCCUCUGCAUAUGGCUUAUUGUCGCGAAAUUCCCUUCAUGGUUUAAUGCCGUUUUAGGGGAGCGAUACAGCGAGUGGAAAGCUGAGUUUUAUAGACUGUACAACUUGGAAUCGAUCGAGGAGUUUGAGUUGGGUUGGAGAGAGAUGGUGAAUUUGUUCGGACUGCAUACCAAUAGGCACAUUGCUGGUUUGUUUGCCUUGAGGUCACUGUGGUCACUGCCAUACCUAAGAAGCCAUUUCUUUGCAGGAAUGACUACGGCUAGCCAAUCAAAGUCAAUCAAUGCUUUCAUUCAACGAUUUUUGAGUGCCCAAACUCGGCUUGCACAUUUCGUGGAGCAGGUGGCAGCUGCAGUGGACUUUAAGGAUCAAAUGGGAGAACAACAAACCAUGCAGCAGAAUCUUCAUAACAUUUCCCUCAAAACUGGGGGCCCCAUGGAAUCUCACGCCGCCACAGUUCUCACCCCUUUCGCCUUCACCAAGCUCCAGGAGCAGCUCAUCCUCGCCACACACUAUGCGUCCUUUCAGCUGGAAGACUGUUUCCUUGUCAGACACCACACAAAAGUCGAGGGUGGACGGAAUGUUUACUGGGCCCCGCUGGAAGGCAUCAUAGGGUGCAGCUGCCAGCUGUACGAGUUCUCAGGUAUACUUUGCCGGCAUGCCCUUAGGGUUCUGUCAACCGGAAACUGCUUCCAGAUUCCAGAGAGGUAUCUGCCUCUCCGGUGGCGAAAAAUCAGCUCUGUCCAGACUAACCAGAAUUUGGACCACAUGGAAAAGGUUCAGUGUCUGCAGAGUUUGGUUUCGAGUCUUAUUUCGGAAUCAGUAAAGUCAAAAGAACGGCUCGAAAUGGCGACCGAGGAGGUGUCCCUCCUUUUGUCUCGGCUACGUGAACAGCCGGUUGUUUAUUCGUUGUCGGUGGUGAAAGAAUUGUCAUCAGCAUCCAUUAAAAGGUUUGCUUGACUUGGAUUUCUGAACAUUCGAAAACUUAGAGCCCAUCUGGCAAGGUUUGUUUGGCUGAAUUGGUUGGUAACAUCAAAUUACAAAGCCAAAUAAUGAAGUCAACAGUUACUUAUUAUGCUCGUUCUGUUGAUAAGUCGAUCAGGUAGAAUAGGCGACUUUUGGCCACCAAACGGAGCCGUAAUCCACGUUAGAGUUCUUGUAGAAAUCAGGGACAUGAAAUUAUGAAGCAAUAGUUUUGUGCAGUGAGUGCUGGCUGAGUGUGUGUAUAUACAUUUAUUUUGACUAGACAUUGAAAUUUUGUCCUUCAAACAAAUAUAUAAAGUUGCUGUCACUGCAGAAGGGAAAUGUUCUAAUUUUUUGUUACUUCCCAUUGUUUUAUGCCACUCAAUGAUAUUUUGGUUGCCU